AUGUGCCAGAUCUCCAUCACAGUCCUGAUCCCCAUGAGCGUUGUCAGCAUGGCUCUUGGCUUGGCUCUCCUGAUUGCUGGGAUCGUGGCGGGAGCUCUCAAGGUGCCUGACGACUGCAAGCAAAUCGAAUCUACGUACAACACUGGAUACUAUGAUGUCUACAACUCGGGAUAUGAUAAUGGGUACAAUGUUGGUUUCAAUCUUGGUUUCAACUCAGGAUACAACUACGGAUACAACUCAGGAUACAACUACGGAUACUACGGAUAUAACGCAGGGUUUGAUGCAGGGACUUACUAUAAUUUAGCCCCAUCGGCUUCUUAUGCAAACACGUACCCUUCAGAAUACACGGGAUACUCUUCAUCGAAUUACUACAGAGCAUACCAGUCAGGCUACAACUCGGGAUAUAAUGCAGGCUACUCAGGAUUCAAUGCGGGAUACAACACGGGAUACAAUACGGGAUACAAUCAAGGGCACGACUCGUUUCAAAACGGAGUCAAUUUUAACACGGGGUACUCCUCGGGGUCGUACCGUAGUACUGCAUACAAAUCAGAAUACAGCUUGGAGUACAAAGCAAGAUACCAAAGUGUAGAAUAUUCACCACUCACAGCUAGACAAGAAGACUACUAUCCCUUCAGCGACUGCAAUGCUGCAUCAUCUUCCGCUAGGGGUUCUGUUUUGAGUGCAUCUCUCCUUGGAUGUGUCCCUGCUUUCUUCUACAUAGUUUCAGGAGCUUUAGGAAUCGCAGCUGGCAUCUACAGAAGCAAGAUAGUGGGAGGGUUUUAUCUCGCACUUCUUAUUGUCGCCCUCAUCUGCUCGUUGCUAGCAUUGCUACUACUCCCUUUCAUAUCCUUGGCUGGUCUUUACUUCUGCGGAUAUACAGCCUUCAACGGUAGCACUUUCUGUGAUGCCUUCAUCCGGGUGUUCUGGACGAUCGAGAUACUGAAUGGUUGUCUGUUCUUCUAUGAAUUUGCGCUUUCAAUCAUCACAUGCGUUCUGUGCUGUCGGCCUAACGAGUGGGGUCAAGACAAUACUGCAGUUGACCUGCUGCCUAUCGCCAGCAUGACAUCGGACGUGGUUCAUCAACAACCAGCAAACGCACACCAGGAGAGAACGCGAGUAGCGGGGCCGACCCAUGGCAAGACCGAAGCAGCACGACUGCAACGAGCAGCUGAAGGGCACGUACUACGGAUGUAG